AUGUUUGACGCCAGAACAUUGACAGUGUGGCUCGUCCAGCUCAGUGGAGAUGAAAGAACAUGGCAUUUCCCCUUGUUCUUCUGGACGCCACGCAUCAAACUCUACAUUAUGCAACUGCGCGAGACGGAUCAUGACGUCUCCUCUUCGAGAAGUUCAUACGAGCAGUGGGGUUUCCUUUAUAAGGCUCCGCCGAAGAGCUCGCCCAGCGUCCCGCGGCGCCUUGCGAACUCGCUGGCGCACCUCGUCCGAAGGCUCCUAUACACGUCUGAGUCUAACUAUGUGGUCCAGGACCGGAUGACAUCGGAAAUUCAUGGCGCGAUCAUACGAAACUCAGGGGUGCCCGGAGCUCAGUUGCUUGGAGAUAUAGCGAGCGAGCAGCGGCUGGGCCUGCCCGACCACUAUGUGUGGGAUGAUGAAAAUUAA